UUGUGAAUUAUGUUUUCAUUUUAGAUAAUGUUAAAUUUAUUCCAUAAAUGUUAAAUUUGUUGAAAAUUUUAUCUAAAAUCACAAUGACGUAAAUAUAUAUUCAAUAUCCAUCCUUUAUGUUCUGUCCAUAUGAAACAUAUAGCAAUGGGGACUCAACAAUACAUAAUCACAAAAAUUCAGACAAGGUCUCUCUAAUAGGAAAUGCUAACCUAUUUUCUCAGCAACAUCAUGUUUCUAGAAAUAGAAGAGGCCAAAUCAUGGGAUUGCGUGGUGGUUUUAGGGGCUGUUGUAUUUGGCUAACAGGUUAUUCUGGAGCCGGUAAAUCUACCCUCGCUUUUGCCCUGGAGGAUUAUUUGUGUUCAAAAGGAUUUCCGGCAUACGUUCUAGAUGGUGACAAUGUUAGACAAGGUUUAAACAAAGACCUUGGAUUUACUUACAAAGACAGGGAAGAAAACAUCAGGAGGAUAUCCGAAGUGGCUAAAUUGUUCGCCGAUGGGGGUAUCAUUUGUAUCACCGCUUUUAUUAGCCCAUUUACCAAAGAUAGAAUGAUAGCCCGACAAAUGUUCAAUGAAAAAAAUCUACCCUUUUUCGAAUGUUUUGUCGACACGUCACUCGAAAUCUGCGAACAAAGAGACGUUAAAGGAUUGUACAGACGUGCUCGAGCCGGCGAAAUUAAAGGAUUUACGGGUAUCGAUUCUGACUACGAAAUUCCUACAUCUCCUAACAUAACCCUGAAGGCCGGGGAAACGACGGUUUAUGAUUGUUUGCAAUCGCUCAUUUUGAUGAUGGUUAAAGAGAAAGUGUUACCGUUAUCAGCUAUCGAAACAGUCAAAGAACUAUUCAUUCCAACCGAAUUAAUUCACUCAAAAAUGGCGUUUGCUCAAAGUCUCCAAUCUAUAGACAUAACCCAAUUAGAUCUUCAAUGGCUGCAAGUUCUAUCGGAAGGUUGGGCAUUUCCUUUAACCGGUUUUAUGAAAGAAAAACAAUUUCUUCAAUCCUUGUUCUUCGGGUGCUUAAUUGAUGGUGGAAUCACAAACCAAUCUAUACCCAUAGUAUUACCGGUGCACACACCUGACAAAGAAAGGGUAGAGGCUAGUAACGCGGGCAAAGAUCGUAAAAGCUUAGCUUUAAAAUAUGACGGCAAAAUUGUUGCCAUUUUAAAUGAUAUUGAAUUUUUCCAUAAUCCUAAAGAGGUUCGUUGCGGUAAACAGUUCGGUAUAACAUCCAAGGAACAUCCUUAUAUCAAGAUGAUAUACGAGAGCGGGGAUUGGCUCGUGGGUGGAGAGUUGGAAGUUUUUGAAAAGGUAAAAUGGAAUGAUGGUUUAGAUCAUUACAGACAAACUCCUAAUCAGCUGCGACAGAAAUUCAAGCAAAUGAAAGCCGAUGCAGUUUUCGCUUUUCAAUUGCGAAAUCCUAUUCAUAAUGGGCACGCUCUACUAAUGAGAGAUACGGACCGACAAUUGAGAGAAAGGGGCUAUAAAAAGCCUAUAUUAUUGUUACACCCAUUGGGGGGUUGGACGAAGGAUGACGACGUACCAUUGCCCGUCAGAAUUAAACAGCACAUUGCCGUUCUUGAAUCUAAAAUGCUGGAUCCGGAUUCUACGGUCCUAGCCAUAUUUCCAUCUCCUAUGAUGUAUGCCGGACCUACCGAGGUUCAAUGGCACGCUAAAGCUAGGAUGUCAGCUGGUGCUAAUUUUUAUAUUGUUGGUCGAGACCCCGCUGGAAUGCCUCACCCAGAAACCAAAAAGGAUAUAUACGACGCUACUCAUGGCAAAAAGGUACUCCAAAUGGCCAUGGGCUUAACCCAGCUCGAAAUAAUCCCUUUCAAAGUAGCGGCAUACGAUACAACCUCAAACUCUAUGGCCUUUUACGACACCGAACGCGCGACCGAUUUUGAGUUCAUAUCGGGCACCAAAAUGAGACACCUGGCGAGAACCGGGGCUCAACCACCACAGGGAUUCAUGGUCCCGAAAGCUUGGCAAAUUUUGGCCGAUUAUUAUAAUAGCCCGAAUCAAUAAAGAACUAAGAGAUAAAUUCUUUUGGAAAAAUUGCUGAAACUAUAUAUAUAAUAAUUUAAAAAAUAGUAAUUAUAGCUAAUUAAAAUAUUACGCGCUUAAUUUUUUUUUUUUAAAUAAAAUAGAUAAGAUAACUAAUUUUUUAUAUAUUGUAAAUUAUAUAAGAGAAGCUGAUUCUGUAUACAAUUUUUAAAGAUAUAUAUAUAUUUUUUUUAAAAAACGGUUUUGGGUGUUUUUUUUAUAAAU